AUGUAUCUCCCGUCUGGAGAGCUCACGGCGCGUAGCACCGACGGCUCUGGCUCUUCGUCGGUCCCGACGGGUCUUUGGGUCGGAGUUGGCGUCGUAGCGUUUAUAAUUGCCUUGCUGUUGGCCUUUUUUAUUUCACGGCGCUUACGACUCAAAGAUGCGGAGCCAAGGCUGUUGCCUGGAAACUACCUAAAGGGCGUCUGGUGGAGAUGGAAUCCGGGGAAGAAAAAGAGGUUUAUUGGCGAUACGGCGUCGAUCUCGCAGCGUCAAAAUGUGUCCACCACCACACUUAAUAAUACCGCUCCACAGACCGCCACGAAUGCCAAUGAAAGUGCCCCCCAGCGAGGACCCUCGAUACGGUCGAUCAUCACUCUGCCAUCCUACAGCCGUCUUCCCAAGGAGGAAGAACAGGUCAUCGGCCGCGAGGGCGAGCGGGCCGACAUGGAUAUGGUGCUCGAAUUCCCCGAGACGGCCGACGAGGAAGAAGACCGCCGCGAAGGGGAAAUGGAGUCUCUGUAUCAGAUUCGACUCCGACGCCGGGAGGAACUCGCCGAGCGAGAAGAACGCCAGCGCCAGCGCCGUGAAGCCCUCGCGACCAACGACUUUGCUCGUCUCCAGCAGAUCACCCGCGACAGCCAGACUGCUCGUGAGCAGAACCAAAACAACGGGACGUCAGCCCGGGCUAUGCUUUUAGAACAUCAGUCUCAAUCCCGUCACCAGCGGUUCUCCUCGGUUAGCUACGCCGAGGUUGGACAUGUGCGACACGACGGCUCGCGGAUUCGCGCCAAUUCGGCGGAAUCAGAACAGCGCCCACUGCUCAACAGUGACGCUCGCAACUCGACGCACUCAAUCCUCACAACCAACAGUCAAACGCCAUCGUCGGGCUUGACCCUGACUCACACGCUCAGCGAAAGCAUUCACUCCGGGCGAGAUACGCCCCCUGAAGCAGCCGACGGCGAUAUGAGCUCAGUACAUAUCCCUCCUCCUCCCAUGUACGACGACUAUUCGGAUUGGGCCGAAGCGCCUGCUUAUGAGAGCCCCAUUACCGGCAAUCAUUCCAUGCAUUUGGUUCCCCAGAUUCGCAUCGACACUGGGUCUCCUGCCAACAGCAUGCCGGCCACCCCAGCUCCAGACACUGACGACAAUAGUCGUCAAUCACACGCUGAAUCAGAAGAGCCUCAGCCAGGCAUUUCAAUAAUCCACCACGAGACUUCGUGA